UUUCGGUUUAGUAAUUUUCGGUUUAACAAAUACCAAAAACAAUGCGGAGAAACGUUUCUGAUCAUGCAGAGAAGAAGGUGGUGGGCGUUGAGGCUCUCUUGCAACUUCCUAAAACCUUAAGCAAACCAAACAAGAAAUGGCAAUUAGCGUUCAUCAAGAUCUAUUGUUCGAGAACUCUCCUUAACUGCGCCAAACACGCUGUCCGAAAACAAGGUUUGUUCCCUCGUUCUCUUUCCUACACCGCCAUUGAUCUAGAUCACCAUCAAGAAGAUGAACACUUCAAGAUUGAUACUGAGACCUUAAACGAUCUCGUCAAGAACAAGAACCAAGAGAAACUUGAGUCUCUUGGUGGUCCUAAUGGCUUAGUCUCGGCUUUGAAGACUAACACACGUCUUGGGAUCAAUGAAGAAACUGAAGAGAUUGAACGUAGGCGUUUGACGUUCGGGUCUAAUACUUACACCAGACAACCAUCGAAGAGUCUCUUCUAUUUUGUGGUGGAAGCGUUCAAGGACCUUACGAUUCUCAUCCUUCUCGUAUGUGCAACGCUCUCUCUUGGGUUUGGUAUCAAAGAGCAUGGAUUGAAAGAAGGAUGGUACGAUGGAGGAAGUAUAUACGUUGCUGUUUUCUUGGUGGUAGCUGUCUCUGCGGUCAGUAACUUCAGACAGAACAGACAGUUUGAUAAACUCUCUAAAGUAAGUAGCAACAUCAAGAUUGAUGUUGUUAGAAACGGUCGCCGUCAAGAGAUUUCGAUCUUUGACAUUGUCGUUGGAGAUAUCGUUUGCUUGAACAUCGGAGAUCAAGUUCCAGCAGAUGGAGUGUUCGUUGAAGGACAUUCAUUACACGUUGAUGAAUCAAGCAUGACAGGAGAAAGUGACCAUGUCGAGGUUAGCUUAACAGGGAACACAUUCUUGUUUUCCGGGACUAAAAUCGCUGAUGGGUUUGGUAAAAUGACGGUUACUUCGGUUGGGAUGAACACUGCUUGGGGACAAAUGAUGAGUCACAUCUCGCGUGACACGAACGAGCAAACUCCAUUGCAGACUCGUCUCAACAAGCUUACUUCUUCGAUAGGUAAAGUUGGUUUACUUGUAGCUUUCUUUGUUCUUUUGGUUCUGUUAAUCCGUUACUUCACGGGAAACACGAAAGAUGAGAUCGGAAACCGCGAGUAUAACGGGAAGAAGACGAAGAGCGAUGAAAUCGUGAACGCUGUAGUUGAGAUGGUUGCAGCAGCGGUAACAAUCAUCGUGGUUGCGAUACCAGAAGGAUUGCCAUUAGCUGUGACAUUGACAUUGGCAUAUUCCAUGAAGAGGAUGAUGAAAGAUCAAGCAAUGGUGAGAAAGCUCUCUGCUUGUGAGACUAUGGGCUCUGCAACGGUUAUCUGUACCGAUAAAACGGGUACUUUGACGCUUAAUCAAAUGAAGGUAACCGAUUUCUGGUUCGGUCUUGAGUCAGGGAAAGCUUCUUCUGUGUCUCAGAAAGUUGUUGAAAUGUUUCAUCAAGGAGUUGCAAUGAACACUACAGGGAGUGUGUUUAAGGCUAAGUCAGGAACAGAGUAUGAGUUCUCCGGUAGUCCAACAGAGAAAGCGAUUCUGAGCUGGGCGGUUGAGGAAUUGAAGAUGGAUAUGGAGGAAGUGAUUGAACAACACGAUGUUGUUCAUGUGGAAGCUUUCAAUUCAGAGAAGAAGAGAAGUGGCGUGUUGAUGAAGAAGAAGAAUGGACAAAUCAAUGUUGUACAUUGGAAAGGAGCUGCUGAGAAGAUUCUAGCUAUGUGUUCUACGUUCUAUGAUGGUUCUGGAGUUGUGAGAGAGAUGAAAGAAGAUGAUAUGAUUCAGUUCGAGAAGAUUAUCCAAUCCAUGGCAGCUAAAUCACUCCGUUGCAUAGCCUUUGCGUAUUCAGAAGACAAUGAAGACAUCAAGAAGUUAAAAGAAGAGAACUUGAGCUUACUUGGGAUAGUUGGAAUCAAAGAUCCAUGUAGGCCUGGAGUGAAGAAAGCUGUAGAGGAUUGUCAAUUCGCCGGUGUAAACAUCAAAAUGAUCACUGGAGAUAACAUUUUCACGGCCAGAGCAAUCGCUGUAGAGUGCGGAAUCUUGACAUCUGAAGAUGAGAUGAAUAGUGAAGCUGUUUUAGAAGGAGAAGAGUUUAGAAACUACAGUCAAGAAGAAAGGUUAAAGAAAGUCGAAAGAAUCAAAGUAAUGGCGAGAUCUUCACCGUUUGAUAAGUUUCUCAUGGUGAAAUGCCUCAAGGAGCUAGGCCAUGUUGUGGCCGUUACUGGAGAUGGCACUAACGAUGCACCAGCAUUGAAAGAAGCUGAUAUUGGACUUUCUAUGGGGAUUCAAGGCACAGAAGUAGCUAAAGAGAGCUCCGAUAUUGUGAUCCUAGACGAUAACUUUGCCUCUGUUGCAACGGUUUUGAAAUGGGGAAGAUGCGUGUACAACAAUAUUCAGAAAUUCAUUCAGUUUCAGCUCACUGUCAAUGUGGCAGCUCUCGUGAUCAACUUCGUGGCCGCGGUUUCAGCUGGAGAAGUUCCAUUGACAGCCGUUCAACUACUGUGGGUGAAUUUGAUCAUGGACACACUUGGUGCAUUGGCUUUAGCUACAGAGAAACCAACAAAUGAUCUUAUGAAUAAGAAACCGAUAGGGAGAGUCUCGCCAUUGAUCACGAACAUCAUGUGGAGGAAUCUAUUGGCUCAAGCGUUUUACCAGAUCUCUGUUCUCUUGGUGCUUCAGUUUAGAGGAAGAUCGAUCUUCGAUGUGACAGAGAAGGUGAAGAACACUCUGAUCUUCAAUACCUUUGUGCUUUGUCAGGUGUUCAACGAGUUUAACGCAAGGAGUUUGGAGAAGAAGAAUGUAUUCAAGGGGUUACACAAGAACAGGCUCUUCAUUGGGAUCAUAGUUGUGACUGUGGUUUUGCAAGUUGUGAUGGUUGAGUUUCUGAAGAAAUUUGCUGACACUGAGAGGCUAAAUUGGGGUCAAUGGGGAGUUUGCAUUGCAAUUGCGGCGGUGUCAUGGCCGAUUGGAUGGUUAGUAAAGUCAGUUCCUGUUCCAGAGAGACACUUCUUCAGCUACCUGAAAUGGAAGAAGAGAUCGUGAAGAGGCUCUUGAU